CACACCGAUUCUGGUCAUAAAGACACAGUUCAUUUACUUAAUGCACGCAUGAUCUCAUUUGCCGAGAUCGCAUGCCCGCUACCAGAUAAUUUAAGAAACAGAAAACGUCGAUCUACUGAUCCUUUGUCACCAAAAGCAUUUCUGAUAUCAAUUACAACCACUGGAAAGUCAUUCAGUAAUCAGAUGCCAGUAAUCAUAUACGAUUCAGCGUGUUCAAAUUGUGAGAUAACUGGAACCAGUAUGAAAUGUAACCCCAAGAACAAUAUUUGCAUUGUUGAAGAUAAAUGUUAUUCCCUGUCAAGUACAAUGUGUGGAAAUACUGUUGCAAAAGACAAAUCAAAGAGUAUGUUAUGGAUAAUUGGAGCAGCCCUUGGUGGUUUAGCCAUAACAUCCAUAGUUAUUGUAAUUUUGGCAAAGUUAACGCGGAGAAAAGGACCAAAAAGACUGAGUACACCGGAUUUGUCACAAAGUGCUAUUUACCAGGCUCCAAAAUCUAAAGAAUAUUCUUAUUAAUCUUCAAUAAGCGUGUACAUUCUUGACUUUAAUACAAAUAAAUUUAUCAAGGGAGCCAUUUUAGGCGAAUGUUGUGAUAUCGUUUUCAUCGUACUAGUGAAUUAUAGUUAUGUAUGAUUAUCUAUUUAAUUAGUAAACUGCUGAGUUUUUG